AUGUUUACAGCGAAUUGCUCUACCAGGUCAGUGUCGACUGUUACUAAAUGUGCAUAUGACGAUUUUUCAAUACCUACAGAUUGUAGGAAUGCGCGGAUUGUUGCAGGCGGGCAUGCUCUUUACGUAAACCCCGGUUGGCUAGCUGAGCUGUCGCCGUUUUUUGCGAAAAAGUUUUUCGGUGAAGAGGCUUUAAGCGAGUUGGAGUUAAGUUCAGAAAUAACGUAUGAAGAGUUGCUGGAAUUUAUGCGCGUGAUAUUUUACUGUCCAACGAGGAAGCCAAUCACUGGUAAAAUGAGAUCUUCAGCUUUCCAAAUUAAAAAACUGCGCAGACAACUGCCCAAACUCUGCGAAGUUUUAUAUGGAGAAUUAAUGUAUAAAGUUAUCGUAUAUGCAGUAGAACUAGUUAUCAUUUUUAACUGA